AUGUGCAUCAUGAAGAACGGCGGCUCCUCCAUAGACGCCGUGGAAGCAGCAAUCAAGUUGCUUGAGGACCGAGAGAUCACCAACGCAGGCUUCGGCAGCAACCUCGCCAUGGACGGAGUUGUAGAGUGCGAUGCGUCAGUCGUAGAUCAUUUUGGACGCAGUGGCGCUGUGGGCGCUGUUGCUCAAAUCAAAAACCCAAUUUCACUAGCACGCAUGGUCUAUGAGCAUACUAGCAAGCCACUGACCCUUCGACGCGUUCCACCGAAUCUUCUGUGCGCCCAGGGAGCGACUGAGUUUGCGGCGGAGCUAGGUAUACCGAUCCUUCCUCAUGAGAUGCUCGUCUCCGCGGCCGCAAAAGAACGCUGGCUUCGCUGGAGAUCGGAUCUCAAGAAUGCUGAGAAGAAGGCGAAGAAAGCUGGUCAGCACCCAACUUGCUACAGAUUGCGAGCCGAUGUUGCUCCCGAAGACGAGAUCGAGCACAGCCAACUCCGUCAAAGGCACAUGAACGCGAUGCUCCGAGAAGACCCUUCUCUGCUACAAUCGCCCUCCCCAGAACCGUACGAGGAAUCGCUGUAUUACUCGACCGAGAAUGCGUCAAGCACCCUUUCUGAGCCAACAGCACAGUCUGGACUCUCUUCUGGUUCAUGGCUCAGCGAUGAUCGUAUACCGAGCCCUGUUACGGCUGCCCCGUCACCUUUCGCCAGUGACCUUGGCCCACCAUCGAUUGCGGAGUCCUCGAGAAGCGCUUUUAUCAACAGCACCCAAAAAGUGCCCACCCUUGGCCAAUUUAGAGCAAACAGAGCAACCACGUCCGAGCAGAUCGUCGAGGACGACGAGAUGGAAGAUGUGCCUCGUCUGGUAACGAACGGCUCUACAACACACAAGACCUGGGGCGACGGUUCAGCUGAGGAGUCGGAUUCUACUAGCAUGGCAACAGUCAGUGCACCCAAACCGAUGGCUCCGCCACCACCCAGCGUGAGCGACGAACUCGUGCCCGAAAUUCCGCUGGACGAAGAUCUAUCGGCACGCAUCAAAAAUACAUUGGAGCAUUUUCAACAGGACAAUUCCUUCAGUUCAGUUCCAGAUGGGCCGGGGCGAAGGCCAGAAGACUCUCUUCCGCCAUCUGAAGACAAGCCGGACCACAUCACCGAUACUGUUGGAGCCAUUGCCAUCGAUAGCUGGGGCCGCAUCGCCUGUGGUGCGUCUUCUGGUGGUAUCGGCAUGAAGUACCGCGGUCGUGUAGGACCUGCCGCUCUUGUAGGUGUUGGCGCUGCCGUCGUUCCUCUCGAUCCUGACGACAGCGAACAAGCCUCGGUCGCGACUGUGACCAGCGGCACGGGCGAGCACAUGGCAACAACUAUGGCAGCGACUACAUGUGCAGAGCGACUCUACCAGAGCGUGAAGAAAGAGAAGGGUGGUGAGUACGCGGAGGUGACCGAGGACGAAGCUCUCAGAUCCAUGAUCGAGAACGAGUUCAUGGGCCAUGCUAGCGUAAAGCACAGCAACUCUGCUGGAGCCAUCGGCAUCCUGGGCGUGAAGAAGACAAGGAAUGGCAUCAUGCUCUUCUACGGCCACAACACCGACUCUUUCGCUUUGGCCUCCAUGUCGUCCGAUGACGAUGUGCCGAGAUGCACUAUGUCUCGUGGCAAUGGCAACGGACAGAUCGCUCAGGGUGGCCGCGUCAUGUCGUACAAGACCCACAAGAGGGCAAAGGUCGUCCCACGGCAGCGUCAAGUAGGGUAG